AGGUUGGUAUGCAUGAUUGUCAAAGAGUACAUCGAACUGUCAUAUUAUUGUGUACAUCAAGUUUAAAUUUCAAAAUUCCAGUGUUUUCUAAAAAUGAGUUUAGACGCGUGUAAUAAAAAUGUUUGUACCAUAGAAGAUUUACCUGAAGAAGUAUUAGAAUUCAUUUUAAGUUUAAUUCCUCCAUAUAAAGAUCUUCACGAUUGUCUACAAGUCUCAAAACGAUGGCGAAGAUGCGUUCUAAAUGUCGCAAAAACCAGACAAAGAAACUUCGAUAGAGCGAUCUCUGAGUAUGCCAUAGCAUGGCAGUCAGUAACCCCAGUUGCUAUGGCCCCAACGAUCACCAAAAGAUAUUCACACGCAGCAGUAAUUCACGAUAAUUCCAUGUACGUGUUCGGCGGUUGCACAUGUUCGAUGACAACCUUUAACGACCUAUGGCGAUUAGAUUUGUCAAAGCGACAGUGGGUUAGGCCACUUACUAUGGGUACAUAUCCGUCACCGAAAGCGUGUUGCAGUAUGGUGUGCUAUAAAGAUUCGUUAGUUUUAUUCGGCGGAUGGACGCACCCGGCAUCAUAUCCGUUACAUCAGACCUGGCAUCUAUUCAAUGAACUGCACAUAUACGAUAUAACUGCUAAUCAGUGGAAUUAUAUCGUCACGGAGAAUACGCCACCACCGACUGCAGGGCAUUCUGUUUCGGUUCAUGGUAAAUGGAUGGUCAUAUUUGGGGGAUUACAAAGAGCAAGUAAUGUUGUUCAUUCAACAAAGUCUAAUGAUAUUUGGAAGCUGAAUCUUGAGACAUGGACUUGGUAUAAGCAAGAGACUACAGAUGAACAUAAAAAGCCAGUUCAGCGCUAUGGACAAUCGCAAACAAUGUUAGAUGAUGAACAUUUACUAAUUAUGGGCGGAACUGGCGGUACAGCUAUAUAUUAUUCGGAUGUAUGGGUGUUGAAAAUGACAGGCGAUUUAUGGACUUGGUUGCCAGUUGAAGUACGAAAUUCCGGUGAUGCGCCCCCCAAUUUAUGGUGCAUCCCAGUUUGUAAAGUAGGUGAUAAGAUCAUAGUACUAAGUCGAAGUCGGCAAAAUUACACACCACACAUGGUUUAUUAUUCGAAAGUAGUCUGGAUGCGAGGGGAGAACGAGCCAGAAAAAAGAUUAGAGCGUAAAGCUAAACAAGUAGAUAAGGAUGAAAAUGUAAAUGGUAAACGAGGGACAUUUCCGGUUCGGCGUGUUGUAUCAGAUGAAGAACCGCAACCGGGUCCGAGCCACGCUAGCAGCCAAAGUAAUAAACCACCGUCGCCUAAUGUAGUAAGUAAUCCUCCUAGUCCUGGAAUUAGUUUAUCAGCAUUUAAUACCAACGAAAAUAGUACAUCAAAAGUAGACCAUCGACGCGAAAGGCGACUGGAAAAUUUACGUCGACUUGAAGAAAAACUUAAAAAGCAAAUGAUAGAGAUUAAUCAAUCGUGGAGUACCCCAUCGCCUAAGAAACAGAAACGUAACGUUUUAGGGAUGUACGUGCUAGAUAUCUCACAUGCGUUAGACGAAAAGCCAUACGUAACCUGGUUGCCACUGAAGAACAAUGGCGCUUUGUGUCAGGGACCGGAAGAGACAGUGCUGUAUUCUUUAGUCGCUGGAAAAUCGGAAUUAAUUAUGUUUGGCGGUAUUCAAAAAGAUGUUAGUUCCUUAGCAUGUUCCACUAAUAAUUUAAGUAAUCAAGUAACGAAUUCGGUGCACUUUAUUACUGCGCCAAAGUAUGUAAUUUGAAAGAGUUUUGGUAGUAGACCGAGUUUCCUAUUUGCAGUUGUGUUUGCAGAAUGUUAAAUCGAAAUAAAUAAGUGCAAAUGUUUGCAAUUUUAUAGAA